AUCAGUAUUACACCAUUCCUCACCAUACAUAACCUCACAUAAAAACAGUCAACAAUAAAUAUUUUUUUAUACAAUUCCUACUUACAAUUAAAAUAUUAUUACGAUGGCGGAAGGAGGGGAAAUGAACAAGAGUUUUAAAAUCUUCGGGACUGAUGUCUCCAAGAUGCCUUGCUUUAGGAACAGCUACCUCUAUGGAAUUGGAGGAGGCAUUGGGAUAGGUUUAACGUAUUUCAUGUUGACCAGCAGGACGAAAGCAUCUUGCCACUUUGGUGUGGCCUCCUUCGCAGUGAUAACGUUAUCCUACUGGACUCAAUGCAGAUACAAUUAUUCCAAAUUAAAAUUUGAUAUGGCCCGCACUCAGGAGCUGAUGAAAAAGCAUAGCAUGUAUGAAGGCACAGAGAUGGAGAAGAAGUUGCAGGGUAAACUGAAGGAGGCGUGAUUUUAUUUAUAUUGUAUUUAUUUGUACAUAAAUAGUUUAAUAAAAGUAGCAAUAUUGUAUUCACGGGAUCACGUUCCAU